AUGAUUAACAUUUUUUCUUCAAGAAAGAACUUAAUUUUUAUUUAUACUAUAGCUAUAGUUCUAAUUCCAAGAUGGAUAAUGGCUCAGAAAUGUGGGUGUGCAAAAGGUUUAUGCUGCAGCAAAUGGGGUUAUUGUGGCAAUGGAAAUGAUUAUUGUGGGAAAGGCUGCCAAGAAGGAUCUUGUUAUACUACUACUUCAACAAACAAUAGUAAUAAUGGAAUUUCUGAUAUUGUUACUGAAUCAUUCUUUAAUGGAAUUGCUAAUCAAGCUGCUUCAAGCUGUGAUGGCAAAGGGUUUUACACAAGAGCAGCAUUUCUUGAAGCUCUGAAAUCUUAUCCUCGCUUUGCAACUAUUGGUUCCUCUAAUGAUACCAAGCGUGAGAUUGCCGCUUUCUUUGCUCAUGUCACCCAUGAGACUGGACACAUGUGCUACAUAAGUGAGAUAAAUGGUCCAUCUAGGAACUACUGCGACGAGCAAAACAUAGAGUACCCUUGUGUCUCCGGCAAGAAAUAUUACGGUCGAGGACCUAUCCAACUGUCAUGGAACUUCAACUACGGGCCAGCCGGAAAAGACAUCGGAUUCGAUGGCCUAAACGACCCCGAUAUCGUGGCUAGAGAUAACAUUAUAUCAUUCAAGACAGCCUUGUGGUACUGGAUGAACACUUGCCACUCUCUCAUUAAUUCUGGCCUAGGUUUCGGGGCGACGAUUCGAGCUAUUUAUGGCCCGUUUGAGUGUGAUGGUGGCAAUCCUCCGGCUGUUGCAAGAAGGAUUGACUAUUACACUGAAUAUUGUCACCAACUUGGUGUAGAGACUGGGAAUAGUACCUCUUGUUAGGAGAAUAACUGAUAUGCUUUCAGACUGAGAUAUCCAACUUGAAAUGAUUAAAUACUGACUAUACAAUACAAAAUUGUCAAUCUAAUAAAACGGGUUCUGAAGGAAGUUAAUACUUGA